CAAAGAUGUCUGCCGAUUACGGUUCAGGAGAACCGACACCUACUACAAAUAACUUUCAUAAUGUCAGUAAGGAAGAUACUAUAAUUGUAUCGGGCUUAAAACAGUUGAACUUAGAUCAAGAUUCAGAAAAUAUCUCCAAAUGGGGAUUUCCUCUCACGGAUUUAUUCAAACUCGCUCUGAAAUUUUAUAAAGAAAAAGAGGGCAAAGCUAUUCAUUUCUCAUACCAAGAAAAAUUGACAUUGAUAGCUUUUACAAAGCAGGUGAACUUCGGGAAGUACAAUGCAGACACUUUGCCUCCGUUGGGAGUUCUGGAUGUCAUCGGAAGAGAUAGAAGACUGGCUUGGCAGAGUUUGGGAGAGAUGAGCAAGGAAGAUGCCAUGUGCAACUUUGUUCUCAUGCUGGACCGACUUUGCCCCCUGUUCACCGCUUACAUCGAAGCUCACAAGGCUGAUAUUGAAGCUCGCGAGCGAAGGAAGCGAGAAGAAGAAGAGAAAAGAAAGAAGGAAGAAGAACGGUUGAGGCUUGAAGAAGAACAAAAAAGGAAAGAGGAAGAGGAAAAAGCACGGAUAGAAUUGCAGAGGAGACAAAUUCAAGAUGCUCUCAAUCAACAGACUUAUGCACAGUUUAAGUCAUAUGCAGAACAACAAUAUCCGGGCAACCCUGAACAGCAAGCGGUGUUGGUGAGACAGUUACAAGAUCAACAUUACCACCAGUACAUGCAGCAGGUGAUGGCUCAACAGACUCAAGCUGAGACUGAGGAACACCCGGAGCCAGCACAGACUGUGAUGGGCAACGGAACUCUGCAUCACAGUCAGCCUGAGAGUGAGGAGGAUGACGAUGAUGACGAAGUGAAUUCCCAAGGGACAAUGUCCAUGGCGUCCAUGUGGACCAGGAAGGAUGUCCGGGAGUUCAAGGAGUCGAUUCGCAGGGAAGGCGGGGACGCAAUACUCAGAGUCGGUCAUGGAGAAACUGUGACGGUCAGAGUUCCUACUCAUGAAGAUGGGACUUGUUUGUUUUGGGAGUUUGCGACUGACAACUAUGACAUUGGAUUUGGGGUUUAUUUUGAAUGGACUAAAUCAACAACAAAUCAGGUUUCUGUCCAUGUUUCGGAGAGCGAAGAUGAAGAUGACUACGAACUAGAUGAAGAAGACGAAGAUUUCACAAGUUUGCCGCAAGACCUAGAGAGGGGGAAUUCGUCACCCAAGCAAGUAGUAGAUAGGCCACCACUCUCAGUCAUAGUGCCUGUCUACCGCAGGGAUUGUAUGGAAGAGGUUUACGCUGGUAGUCAUGCGUACCCUGGACAAGGUGUUUACCUACUAAAGUUCGACAACUCCUACAGUUUCUGGAGAUCCAAGACUGUCUACUACAGAGUCUAUUACACACGGUAGUGCAAUACGAAGAGAAUCACACAGUAACAGCUUCAACCUAAUAUUAAUAUUAUAUUCUAUGUACUAUUUUUUGUAAUUAAUGUAUAGACUGUGUAAUUUGUAUAUAAACCAUAUAUAAACUUUAACAAUACAUUUUGUAAACAGAGGUUUUAUUUAUGUGUAUAUAAAUGAAAUAAAAGUAUUAUUAUUGUUGUAGUUAUAAAAUGGUGCUUAACAAAUUAUUGAUUUAUCCUGUUAAGUUUUUUUUUCAAUUUUAAACUUGUUUCUUCUUAAAAUUACAUCAGUUUCCCUCUAAAAUUCUCAGAAAUGGAUUUCUACAAUUUGAAAACCUGGCAUUCAGCAUAACUUAAAAGCCAAUUUAUCUCUGUUCCUCGUUACUUUUCAUUUGUGAUUUAAUUUUUAAAGGGUUUAAAGUGCCGUCCAGAGCAACAUAGUUGCUGCAAAUAAUUUCAUCGCUGUGUUAUUAGCCCUGAUCUUUAAUAAUAACAUAAAUUUACAUUUCAAUGUAUGCAAAAAACUUCAAUGAAGUAUUAUUAACAAAACUAUGAGUUGAAUCUUGGUUUCCAAUUGUUUAACUUGAUAGGUUAACCCUAAUUACAAAACUAUUUUUGAACCAAACAGCCAAAUAAAUUAAAAAUCAAAGCAAUUGAUCAAAUCCCUUCCCUAAAAAGUUAAACGUAUGUCUGCUUCUUAUGUCGUAUUUACUACAAAGACUUGUUUAAGAAAUACCAGGCUAAACUAACAAACUCAAUACAAAAAUAACAGUAGCUUCUCGAUUAUUAGACUGGCAGGUCAAAAUUGGAUUUACAGAAAAAUUGCAAUAAAAAACAUUAGGUAUAAGUUUUUACAUUUUUUUAGAGAACUUUUAAAAUAUAUGUUUAAAAGCUUCAUACAAACACAUUAUCCUUGUAAUAAGAACAUUUAACUUCUUAAUCUUUUCAAAGCCAUCAUUAUACAUUUUUUUUUAACUCCAACAUUAUUGCUGAAACAGAAAAUUAAAAAUACAACCAGCCAUGGGUCUCUUCCCACUAUGAAGUGAGGGUUAGCAGAAAGGUUUGCAGGUAUUGAAGAACUGAGUGGUACUUAAAAUGGUGGUCUGCAACUAGUUAAUAUGUCAUAAUAAAUGGAAAGAACAGUCAACAGUAAGCACCUCAAGUAUGGCAUUUCUUCUACAGUUGGUGUAGCUUAAGGCGUUGUUUUGAUGUACAUGUUAAAAAGUACAGUUGUAUUUCAUGGAAAUAUCAAAUUAAUCUAUAUUACAAAGAGUUGUAUAACGGAAGACUUGAUAAUCAAGAUAACUUUAGUAAAUUACUGAAGAAAUAGCUUUUUUGUUAUGUCACAGACAAAAUCAAAGAAAGCUUUUGUAAAUAAUAUGUUGUUGUUUAUUAAGAAUUUAUAUAUUUGAUAUACAAGAUGGCAGAUCCCACCACUAUUUUAUCCACUAUCCAAGUACUACAAUUGAAACUAUGAGGGGAAGAACAGCUAUGAAAGUGAAUACAUUCUCUGUGGUUUUGUUUUAAAUAGUUUGUAAUUUUUCAACAUGUAAAUUAGGAUAGCUUCAAAGAAAUGACUGUAAAGCCGGGUUUUCCUAGGCGCGGAAUCGGCAAGCGGAGAGCGGAAUUGAAAUUAACAUGGCAUUCCGCUCCCCUUCUACGAAAACAGUAACAUUAAAUUGCCUAAGACAAGUGGAGUCCGCUCUCCACGCUCCUCUCUCCGCUCGCCGACUCCGCGCCUAGGAAAACCCGGCUUAAGAUGUAUUUAAGGUUUUUAAGAUCAUUGACAUAUCAGUAUGUAAACUUGUAUACAAUUGUAAAAAUUAAUUGAUCAUCUUUACUGUAUUUACUUUUUAGGUUCAAAUCUAUAAAAUGUAUAUUCGAUGUGGAACCAAAGAUGUUUUGUGCUUGUAAUUCGUCAUCAAAUUUAAAAACUGUCUUUUGCUCUGAUUUGUUUUUAAAUUUAUAAUCUUUGUUUCGUUUUUGAAAAUGUAAUUAUUCAAUUUGAUUUGCCCUUUUUAAUUGUAUCCUUAUUAGUUAUUACGAAGAUAAUUUAGUUAUAUUCUUAAUACUAUUUGUUAGCUUAAAUGUUUUGCAUAUUGACAUCAAUUUUGCGUUUUAGUCAAGUUAAGCUUUCAUCCCACCAUUUAUUUUAACUGAUUAGUUUACUUACAUUGUUUUGCAUCAUACAAUGUUAAUUUACUGUUACUAUUAUUUAUAUAAUUUGUGCCCGUGACUGAAAUAUGUCAAAUUUGCAUUGUUUACUUGAAAUUAAUGGCUUAAGCUUUUAAUGGACAGUUUGUUGUAAUCAAAGCGUCAAACGUAAGAUUUAUGUUUAUGAAUAAAUACAUUUUAAUUGUU